UUUGUGAAUUUUGUUUUAUACCUCUUUCCCCCCCCCCCCCCUUUCUUCUCUAUAGCUUACACAUGCGGCGUCUUUGGCAUAUGAUAAAGGCGCAUAAGUUACGAGGUAUUCGAAACCGUUAUGCAUGCGCAACUAUUUUAUAGGUAGACUUUUGUCAUGAUUUGUCAUUUUUUCCCUUCUCCCCAACCUUGUCAGAUAGUAGAUUCCUUUACCCACGAUUUGUCAGGAUUAAAGUUGUACAUACUCAUCUUCCUGCGGUAUCAGGCGUUGUCGCACCGAAGGUGUUUGUUGAUUGUUGAUGAUGAUAUGCCUAUGACGUCGAUUCGAGUAUCGCCCUAGAAAAUCAUAUGGCCGUUUCAGGAAUUUGUAUACCCAAUUUCUUCUCCAUACACUUAUUUUCAAACUCUGCAGUAGUAUAGAUUAAGAUUUCACGACAGAUCAUUGUCACUUUGAUUGAGUCGUUAUUCAUCAUGUCUCCAGCCCGCCUGUCUCUUACGCCACUCAAAGAACUGGAGGUCAUCAAGCGGCAGAUUCCGGCGCAUGGGCUCAUCCCCAACACCUCGAUUCAAAACAAACCACUUUUGAUCUAUAAAGGCGCAUUCCGUGGCAGCGGCAACACAGUCUCUGCGUCUGCUAUAGAGUCGCACCUAUCUUCCGUCGGUAUCGUGUCUCCUCAAUGGCGCUACACGAUGUACAGCACUACGCAUUUCCAUUCCACCACACAUGAGAUCCUCUGCAUUGCAGAGGGACGCGCAAAAUUAUGUUUUGGAGGCGAGCAGAAUCCUGGUCGACUCGAUGCUGAUGUGAAAGCAGGCGAUGUGGUCGUCGUCCCUGCAGGUGUAGGCCAUCGGCUGAUGACCGACGUUGAUGGCGGGUUUGAAAUGGUAGGCAGCUAUCCUAGGGGGGCAAAAAGCUGGGAUAUGUGCUAUGGGACAGAGGAAGAGAAGGGAAAGAUUGAGCGUAUCAAAGAGCUCGGCUGGUUUGGAAAGGAUCCGGUCUAUGGUGAGGAAGGGCCUGCUGUGAACGUUUGAGGACUGGAGUUGAAGCAAUCUGGUUAUCUGCGCGUGUUACUGGAGUCAUCAAGAAGAGGCUGGCGCUACCAUCUUCUUAACUGCAUAGCGUGCUGAGAAACAUUCUUUUAAGGAAAAAUUAUCAGAUACAGCUUCAUCUGCUUACGACAUAACGAUAGCGAUGUUGAAUUUUUUGAAGCAU